UGGGCUGAACUUCCUCAGCCUGCAGAGCAGAGCAGCAGGGUGGCUGCUGCUGCUGCUGAGACACACACAAGACACCCGCUCUGGCUGUUCAACUUUCCAGAACCGCCCUGCAAGAAGAGCCACUGGCACCGGUGUCCGUUCCUUCCCCUGACUCUCUUCCUGUGUGAGCGAGGGGGUCACUAUGACAACCGUGCCUCAGGGCAACAUGGGAAAGCCAAGGUUAGGCCUCAGUGACGGUCUGAUGGCGGUGUUCAGGGCCUGCUCCAGAGAUCCAACAGAGGCAAUUAAAACACGGCUGAGUGGUAUGCUGAACGUGUUUCUGCAGCACCUCAAGGACAAUGAAGGAAAUGAGAAGACCAAAGAGUUGGCAGAAAAGUGCUGCCGUGAGGCCGUCAUCUGGUACUACAGGAUCUUGGAGAACCUUGUUUGUCAUGAGAGGAACCGGCAGGGUGUUGGUGGAAUCUCAGGCAUCUUGGAGAACCAUCUUUUCCAGCGCUGUCUGGUGGCCUGUUGUCUGGAGAUCACAGUAACCUCCAAACAUCUACCAUAUGGCUUCCCUGUACUCCUUCAGAUUUUCAAACUGGCGCCAUACCACUUCUGGAAGGUGAUAGAACCAGUGCUGAGGGAUGGAGCUGGUCUGCAUCCCAGUCUGUUCAGUCAUUUCGCUCAAGUGGAACAGAGAGUUUUGGAGAGUAUGGCUUGGACCAGCGACUCACCGCUGUGGGAGGAAAUCCGAGCCAAUGAGGGCCAUCUGCCUACCUGCCAACAGGUGACACCUCCUGCACACCUUGAAGAUCCAAUCAGAACAGACUCACAACCUGGACUUUCAGCUGGAACAGACCAGCAGCCGUCAGCUGUGAACACGCCUGAGAGAAGCAGCUCCCUCCAGCUGUUUGCUCGCAAGGUUUACAUGCUGAUGGGAAAGCGUCUCAGAGAGCUGUGCUCCAUGCUGGACAUCUCUGACGAGCUGCGCUUAAAGAUCUGGACCUGCUUCGAGCACUCUCUGGUCCACUGCAUUCACCUCACAAUCGACCGUCACCUGGACCAGCUACUCAUGUGUGCCAUCUACAUCAUAGCCAGGAUUACUAGGGUUGAUAUACCCUUCAAGCACAUAAUGAAGUGUUACAAGUCGCAGCCACAUACCAGCAAUAUUGUCUGCAAAAACACUCUGAUCUCAGGAAGAGUCGCGGAAAACCCUCUCAUUGAAAGAAACAAUAAUGGAGACCACAGCAGCGCUAUCCCGACCCCCGACACACCAUCAGCACAUUAUCCUGGACCUUCUCAGGAGGAACGGGGCAAUCUCAUCGUUUUUUACAACCAGGUCUACUCGACAAAGAUGAAGCACUUUGCCAAGCAGUUUGUCCCAACAUCUGGGGGAGACACUCCUCCUCUGUCUCCGUACCCUCGACUGUGGAAAGCUUCUCCUCGCUCAUACCGACUGUCCAGCAGCCACUCCAUCUUCAUUUCACCGUUCAACACAGAAACCUCCCCUCCUCGUACACCUGGACUCUGCUACUACUUCAACUCAAGCCCCUCAGAGCGUCUGCGUGAGAUCAACAACAUGAUCAAAACGGGCUGGUCACCCAACAGGCGACGCUAUGCGAUGUCACUGGAUACCGAGGAUGAAGGCGCAGAGGGAGAAGAUGGACCGUCAGCUAAGAGGCUUCGCUUGGACGAUCAGUCAGCCUGGCAGAGGCGACUUCGGACCGUGGUCAACGAUCGAGCCACUAACAGAAACCAGGGCCAGACGUGCCCUGUUGCCAAACCUAAUCUGCACUAGAGUGUGGAGGAGCAAGUAUUCUAGUAGCAAUAAUGUCAAGUGUUAGAAGAAAAGCAUGGAGCAGCUGUGCCUCCCUUUACAGAUACCCAUUAAGAAUUCCUUUGAGCCAAGGUCUUUGUCAGCUUAAAGCGCUAAAACUCUGCCUUUUUGCUCUGCACUACUUUUGACUCCAAGGGAACUGUGUGGAUGUCCUUGAGUAGGACACUUAGCUGCCAGCUCAGUGGUUACUGGUAGACUGCCUGGUGAAAACACACUGUAUGGUGUUGUAUGAAUCUGAAGUAAGGUACGGCUGCAAAUGGCUCCCUGGGCUUUCCUUGGUUAAACAGAGGGUCACACUGAGACAGUGUGCUACCGUCUGAUCUGCAGUUCUGCUACUGUUAGUGUCUGAUGAGCUUGUCUGCCCCAUUCCGAGCUCACAGGACUGAGCAUAUACAUGGCGACGUGUGAAAAAGUACCGUACAUCUCAUGGAAAAUGUGUUUUUUUGACACAUCUGUAAAAGUACACAUUUGAUCUUGUUUAAAAUAGUGCCUACAGUUGAAGGCGGUAUACUCUAACUCAGCCACAGGGGGGAAAAAAGCUUGUCAAUCAUUUUUGUAGAACCUACCCAUGGCAUCUGAAGCUAGUAGAGCCACCUUUAGCAGAAAUAACAUCUUGUUGGCAUUUUGCAUAAUUAUCAGUAAGUCUUUGACACUGGCUUGCUGAACCAUAUGAUCAGUCUCGUGGGCAAAAUUGCUUCAGCUGCAAGUUGUUUUUGUUGAGGUCUAGGCUCUGACUAGGCCGUUCCAUAACCCUCCAUUUCCUGUUUUAAAACCAAUCAUUAGUGGAUUUGGUUGUAAACUUAGGAUCAUUAUCCUGCACUUCUGGUUUAAUGUCAGCAUUUGGACAGAUGACCUCAUACUGUCUUCAUCUGCUCUCGAAAAUGAUGUAGAAUUCAGGGUUGAAUCGAUGACUGCGAGCUGUCUAGUGCUGGAGACAGUGAAGCAGCAUGAUUCACAGUUGGUAUGAGAUUGUUCUCCAGGAAAGCUGUCUAGACAUUUAUGCUGUUACUGUAGCCAAACAACUUCAUCUCUGAUUUGUCUGUCCAGUGCACAUGAUUCCAAAAGACACAUUUGCUUGGUAAACUGUGGUUUUGCUGUAAUGUUCUUUUGGGACAUUUAUUUCCUGGCACACCUCCCAUGGAGGUCAAAUCUGUGUGAUCUCUUUCUGAUUGUACGCAGCAUUUUGACGCCAACAGUUGGAAGUGUUGCCUGCUGGUUCUGUAAUGAAAUUUUGGGGUUCUGGUCUUGGGCUCUGUCCAAGUUUAACCAAUCAGCCUUUGUCCUCAGUCAGAAUUACCUGGAACAAAGUAUGUACUUUUUAUCCCCUGGAAACAAUCCUGACAGACGUUCUACAGGGGCAGUUUUUGCAGUGGGAACAAACACGAAUGUUCUGGCCACCUUAAAUAGUUUCUGCAGUAGAAAGCAGUCUAAUGGCACCUGAUGUGGAAGUUCUAUGUUUGUGGGUUUGAGAGGGUCAUAAAUGCAGGUGUGCUGAUUUUUCCAUGUGACUGAUCUGUUUUAAAAAUGAUUUUAAAUUGUUUGGGGUUUUUUUAAAUGGCAAAUAUAUGUGAUAUCUUUUUGAGCAUAUCACACUAAACAGGAUUGAAUGUUUGCUUGUUCAAAUAUGUCACAAAAGUUUUCCACCUUCACUUACUUCUUCAUCUGACUAAGCUUUACGAGUGUGUACCUUCUGCAAGAAUAUUGUUAGAUUCUGAUUAAGUGAGAGAUGGUACUAAGUGUUUCAAACUCAAAUGAUUUUAAUGUAUAUUUUUAAAACUGUAAAACAUAAGCUAAUGUGAGACACGAGUGCACUAUUUCACAGGAAUGACGGUAAAGUGCUGUUACAGCAGCAUGAAACUUUAUUCAGUGGCACAUUAAACUUCGACAGAUCUGACACAGAAACUAAAACAAAUUCUGUCUGAAUAAUUCUUUCACAUCCUGCCACCAUUCCAGCCACUGCUUAGUACAAACGGAAUAUCUCAGCUGAUUCAAAAGGACAUCAAUCAGAAACUGCAGAGUAAUUUUAUUAAAGCCACCCCGCCUCCAGUCAGAAAAGUGUUACUGAUUUUUACAUCACUUGGACGUUUGAGCUUUAUUGUGUUGAAUGAGGAAUGUUUGUUCGAUGGAGGCUGGUUUCACCUUAACCUGCAGAAGUUGCACUAAGUUAAGUCUCAGUUUGACAGGUUUACGGUCAAGCGUUAUUUGUGACAUGACAACUUGUGUAGAAGCCAAUCAUGGUCCAAAAGUGUGAUGUAAAAAAGGUGAAAUGCCCAGUGCCCAUAGCGUACACUAAAUCAACAAUCAGUUAUAUAAGGAAAAAACUCUGAAUCAUGGAUAUGUUUAUUUAAAAACUUAAAAGAAGUCUUUUAAUGGAAAAUCUUAAAGUCCUAAUUUUGAACAGCAAUCUGUCAAUUUAAGAUAUACUGCAUAAUAAACUGAAUUUUGAAAUUUA